CAACCGACUUCGAAUACUGUUUUGGGUUGCACUUGAUUCUACAAUUCUCAUCACCGCUAAAGACAUCAGGGUUUCAACACUGUGUAGGAAGCGCCUUUAAAUCAUAUCAAAGUAUCGACCGGUAAAUCAAUCAUGGGUUCCAUAAGCGUCGACCAACACCCCCCGGUGGCUCCUCCGCCCUCGACGACGAAAUACACCAUCGCCUCGAUCCCUGCCGACGGUAUCGGUCCCGAAGUGAUCUCUUCUGGUAUCAGCGCUUUGGAGACGUUGGCCUCCACGUUCUCCGGCUUCAGUUUUACCUUCACCCACUUUGACUGGUCGAGCGACACCUACCUCGAGACCGGCAAGUACAUUCCCGACGGGGGCCUCGACGAACUUCGCAAACACCACGCCAUCCUGUUCGGGGCGGUGGGUGACCUACGCGUCCCCGACCACAUCUCGCUUUGGGGUCUGAGGCUGGCCAUCUGCCAACCUCUCCAGCAGUACGCCAACGUACGACCGACGAGGAUCUUGAAGGGGGUUACCUCCCCUCUGUCGUCCUGCCAGGGUUCGGAAGCCGCCACGAAGAAACUCGACUGGGUCAUCGUGCGUGAGAACAGUGAAGGAGAGUACGCCGGCCAGGGGGGCAGGUCGCACGUGGGUCAACCCUGGGAGAUUGCGACCGAGGUGUCCGUCUUCACGCGGCACGGGGUCGAGAGGUUGAUGAGGUUCGCCUACGAGACGGCCCGGUCGAGACCUCGCAAGAAAUUGACCUUUGUCACGAAAUCAAACGCCCAACGUAACGGCAUGGUCCUGUGGGACGAAGUACAGAAGAUCGUGGCACGCGACUACCCCGACGUCGAAACGGACAAGAUGCUCGUCGACGCCAUGACCUGCCGCAUGACCUUGCAGCCAGAGACCGUGGACACCGUCGUCGCCACCAACCUCCACGCCGACAUCCUCUCGGACCUCGCGGCCGCCCUGGCGGGUAGCAUCGGCAUCGCGCCCACGAGCAACCUCGACCCGACCAGACGGAACCCCAGCAUGUUCGAACCCAUCCACGGCUCGGCAUGGGACAUUGCGGGCAAAGGAGUGGCGAACCCCGUCGGCACCUUCUGGACUUGUGCCGAGAUGGUCCGUUGGUUGGGACAACCGGAAGCCGCCGACUUGCUGAUGGACGCUGUGGAGAACGUGCUCGACCAAAAUAUCAAGACGAGGGAUCUGGGAGGGACGGCUGGCACGGACGAAGUCACUGACAAGGUUUGCGAGGAGAUUCAACGAUUAGGAAAAGAAAGAGGGGUGGGUGCAAAAGGUAAGUAAAUGAAGAAUGAGGGUGGUUGGCUCAUUCUAGUCUUCAUGGCUGUUUAACGAUUGUAGAAGACACACACACACACACAUAAGAAAAAAGCAAGACCAAGAAAUUGUCGAAUGCCGAUCAAUGUUUAUUUUAC